AGGCUCCACGACACUAGCGAAACUCUUUCCUGGUUCUUUGCGCACGGAGGGGAGAGAAACCAGGCCCUGGUUCUCUGCAAUACAUGAAGGAACGAAAAUCGUUUGAGGAGCAGUGAAUCUCAAGCAUCAUUCGGUGGCUAUUUUCGGAAAUUUCAACUGAUCAAGGCUACUUGGAGGGUCCGUGAAGAUUUCCAGGACAGAGGAAGGAAUUUGAUGUGGGCGAGGUGUUUAUCGACUGGAGUUUCGAGACGUUUCACGGUGUGUGUGUUUAAUUCAGGGGGCAUUCUCGUGGUUUUUUUCUCUUAACCUGCUGGUUUUAAAUCUGGAGAUGAAGUGAUAAAUUCCAUAUAUUUCCUUGGUUCGACAUGCAUCAAACUUUGGGCAUUCGUGUUUAUGAUUUAGGUUAGCUUUGAAUUUUAGCUCGUCUGUUGGAAAAUCAUCGUAUUCGAUCUAUUAUGGCGUGAUAUUGAGUGGAAAUGUGAUGAUUUGUUCAGAUUGAUUGUUUGAUACGGCUCUGGCUUUAGUUCGGAACUUUGGAUAAUAAGAGUUUGAAUGACAAGGUUCUGGAGAUUCUUGAGGAUCUUUGACAAGGUAAAUGUGACUUAUGCUUUCUGACUGGGUGGACUGUGAAGAUCUGAGGUCUAACAUGUGACGAUGCCUGCUUUCUCUGAACGUAUCUGGAGUUUCAGACAUUGUGAAUUGGGAAUUUGUGGGGGUUUAAGAUGUAUUUAUAGUAGAGGAUUAUCCAACAACAGAUAGCUUUACGUUCAAGAGCUAUAUCCUUGGACAGUGUCAUAUUGCUGGGACUUGGGAGGGGCUUCGGAUGUGAAAAUGGUGAAUGAUUGAACUCUCUAUUUCUCAGACACUCCCAUGCAUUUUCGUUAUACUUUUCAAGGUGGAGUGACUGAGUGAUGUCUUGUUAAGAUGAUUGAUCAGUUCAUCAAUUUCGUGAUUCGGCCUCCAAGGGCUGAGUAUAAUCCAGACCAGUAUUUGUGGGAAGUAGAUUUCACUCUUGCAGGCAGAAGAUACAAGAGGCUGGACUUGGAGCUCAGGAAUGGAAAGGGCCAUGCCUUGAAGUGCAGUCAUUAUGUGCCAUCUCCUUUCCCCGAAGACACUCCUCUUCCAUGUGUUAUUUACUGUCAUGGCAACAGUGGAUGUCGAGCAGAUGCAAAUGAGGCUGCUGUAGUCCUUCUUCCCUCAAAUAUUACGCUCUUCACUCUUGAUUUUUCGGGUUCAGGCUUAUCUGAUGGCGAUUAUGUCAGUCUUGGUUGGCAUGAGAAAGACGACCUUAAAAUUGUGGUGUCUUACCUUAGAAGCAACAAACAAACUUCAUGCAUAGGCCUUUGGGGACGUUCAAUGGGUGCAGUCACAAGGUAUUAAACUCAUGGAAAUGGCAGAUUUAUUAAUUUCUUGUUCAGGUUAAUUAUCAUUGACUUCUUGCUACCAAAGCUCUUGCAUACGUAAGCAAUCUGUCUUUCACUCAGGCAUAUGCAAUAUCAACUGUUAAAUCUUAAAGAUGCUUAAAGGGUCCAACAGUUUAAGAUGCUUAGGAGUUAGGACAUUUUAGGAGUUAGUUAAUUUUCAUGGAAUAUAUUUACAGGCAAAAUGCCUAUUCUAUCAUUAGAAAAUCUAACUUCACUCAUGUUCAUUCUCUUGAGAAUCAGGUCUAAAAUGUAAAAAGACAAUGAGUAUUCUCCUUUCACUUUAAAACCAAUCAUUUAGUUUUUACUCGGGACUCAUGUGAAUGACUAUUGCCUUUUCCCCAUUGAAAAAGCUUAAUGAGAUGGAAUAAUAUGUGCUGACCUAUAAGAGGAUGACCCAAGUAAAUAGUCUUUUCGUCCUCCUUUUGUAUGGAAUGAUAACACAUUGCAAUUGUAUUUUGGAAAAUGCGUAACAUGUUUGAUUAGUUGGUUCAGAACAAGAUUGGAGAAAAGAUUUAUAAACCUUUUAAGAAUUUUUAUAAACUAUAGAAAAUGUAUACUCCAAUUUCUGUCAAAUUUGACUGAUUGUUGCUCCUUAGGUUCUAAUCUUGUAGAUGUUAGAACAACAACAACAACGACGACGACAAACUCAGCCUUAUCCCAACUUAAUGGGGUCGGCUACAAGGAUCUGUCUAACAAAAAAAAAAAAAAGAA